AUGGUGGGUGUUCCCGGCAGAUCCAAGAGCUGUGGUACUUGCAGAAUACGCAAGAAAGGAGGUUGUGACCAGAAACGCCCAGCAUGCGGACAAUGCCUACGAUUGGGACUGAAAUGUGAGGGAUACCAACGCGAAACCCGGUUUAUCAAUUUCAGUGUUGAACCCUGCAAGCCACGCCGAAGCGUCCAGCCAUCUGCCCAGGUCAUCCUUCCCGCAGCUCUGGCACGGUCUGCAUAUGCGGAGAAUUAUUUCGGCACCUUCUGGAGCGCAUAUCUUCCCAAAGGUAAGCAGUUCCCAGCGCAUAUCAUGCAGUACGCCAGCGGAGGCUGGACAAAUACGUUACCUCAACUCUACCAUACGUCGCCCGCCAUUAAAAAGAUCAUGCUUGCAGUGUGCCUGUCAACGGCAGGCCAAGCAAAGAAUAGCCGGUGGGAAAUAGAAGAGGGGAUUAAGUACUAUAUGGGUUCUCUGGCUGAGAUGUCUUCUGCCCUCGCCAAUCGAACAAAAGAAAACAUAACAACGUUGUGCGUGAUAUCGAGACUGUACAGCCUUUAUGAGGUACCAAAGUCCCAGACGCUCGUUUUCAUUCGUUGA